AAGUACUUAAACUUUUCUGCUCAUGGACCGUCUGCUCAGCGGCCCGUCUGUCUUCCGUCGUUUUUAACUGUGAAGCAGCAGUGUUGGCUGCAGAUAGUGUUUAAUGAGGGUUAAUUUGCUGCCAUAUCUGUUCAAAGGACCCGCUGGGAGCCCUAUACCAAGCAACACUGCUUACUAUGGCAUCAAAAUGAUGAUGGUAUUAAUGGUAAGGUCAAAAUGAUAGAUAGCAUUACGGAUGCCAACAACUGGAAAUAAUAAUGGCAUUGGAUACCUGACACUAAUCUCUGUCACAACUGAAAGCUCUCCCCUCAAACAGUCCCUGAGCAAGUGGAUAAUUGGUAAUAAAACAUCAUUAUCAGAUUUUUUAAAACACAAUGCACAUUUAGACUUCUAAUCUGUUUUAUACUUCUUUUACUAGGGGCGUUUUUACCAAUUGAAGACAAAAAAUACAAGGAAAAAUGCAACCAACCAAAUUUGAGAGGAUGAAACAAAAUAAAGGAGGAAAAAUCUCAUUAUUUUCUCCAUAAUCUGAAUGCAUAUGCAAUUUGAAGCGUAUUUUUUAAUUUUUUGCGUCUAAGUUUAAAGUACAGUCUUGAGGCAUUUAAUUUUCUUCGUCUUUAUUCCUCAAUUUUUGCAUCGGACCAUUCAUUUUUACCCCUGUGUUCGUCUUUUUUCUCUUUUUUUUUGUUCUUGUGGUUUCUUUCGUCUCAUCGUUUGCCCCGUUACCUAUUUUUGGUGCUUGUUCACACUUUCUGUCUGUGAACAAUAUUCAGUUCAGUCCUUGAUUUUUUCUCUCUUUCUUCAGCUGUUCUCGCUUUGAUUUGAACUUGAUUGAUAUCUGAUCAAAGUAAUCAUAUUCCCUUCUUUACAAAGAACCCAGAGCCCGAAGUGAUCGCAAAUAUUACCAAUCCCCCUCCUCCCCCUCAAUUGCCAAAGACAUUUUGAUUCAAAGAAAAAUAUUGUCGCCCCAAAACUCAGCUCCAUAUUUAUUAACAAUUACUGGCUAUGAGCUGACAUUUUUGCAUCAUACUUCAAAAGUUUUCAUCUUUCUUGUAGUCACGUUUUCAGUUAUUUCUUCAUUUUGUGCUAAUUAUGGCUCAACGGCUCAAUAUUUUAUAUUAAAAAGUAACAUACCAAUAUCAGCCAACCAUUCGGCAUUCAGCUGUAAAAAUUGAAAUAAAACUCCUUAUCACUGUUCCAACAAUUUUCAGCUGUAACAUAAAAUACCUAUAAAUAUGAGAUCUCUAUUAUUAUUUAUAAUUUUGCAUGUUUUAAAAUAACACAUAUUUAUUCUACUUGUUGCCAUAUAUUUCCUAUCUGAUGUUUAUAUUAUUAAGCGCCACAUCUUUCAAUCAUGCCUUCUUUAAGUUAUGGACAGCGAGAUCGAACCAUUGUCAGUUUCAAAGAUUUGGCAUUUUAAAUGAUAACAAAGUCUUGCAAGACAUGUAAAACGUUCUCAAGUUUCCUUAUGGCCUUGUUGACAAGAACACGCCUCGCAUUUCACCGCCCGACCCAAUUGACCCCAUUGAAACUGACAGAGUAUUGGACCCUGUUUUCAUACAAUUUGCCCAUUCUGUUUUUCUGUUCUUUCAACUUCAUCCCUCCUUACUCUUUUUUUCUCUCUUUCAAUAUAUUAGUCUCUCUUUUUUUAUCUACUCUGAUUACUGAUUAAUUCAUGAGCUGCAAAUGGACUUUGUUAUCGUGGAGGUUAAUGGUGUUGAUACGCGGAGUCUAUCGCACGAACAAACACUAUCUCUCUUUGCUAACCCCCCACCACCGCCAACCCCAAAAUCUCACCCCCCUCAAAUCGACACACGACCUCACUCCAGCCAAACCGAGUCAAAAUUGUCGUCAGAAGGAGGGCAUCGACUUCAGGGGGGCGAAGAGGAUGAGCAGGAGACGAUCACCAUCAAGGUUCUCAGAAGAAAAAACGAGCAGCACUUAAACUCCAAUGGCCUCACAAGCCACCAUGGCCAUGAAAGUACAUACAAUAUUGCCACGAGACCCUCACAUCACAUGAUGCGAACCAGAACCAGCAGCCAUUCGUCGCCACACGAACUUACCAAAGUCUCGAGUUCUCCUCGAAAACUGUUUAAAAACGAGUCGCCAUUUUUAGAGCGAAAGACAAUAAAACCAGCAGUGGAAAAUGAACCAACAAUAUCAACGUCAAUUGCCAAAGAAUUGACUCAUCGUCUAAAUGGGGACUCCAGUGCCGACUAUGCUGGCCGAAGACAACAGUCUCCUGCGCAUGAUGCAAAAACCAGUGUGGAACAUAAUAGGAUCCACUCUGUUUCCAGUACCUCCUCCUCCCCUUCCGACGGGGGAUGCAACAGAAUGAGUCAUGCUCACAGAGUACCCCCCAAUGAGUCACGUGCAGGUGACCUGUGUGAUUACGAUUCUACCUUGUCUCAUGCAAUCAAUCGGAGAUCAUCAGAAAAGAGAUGCAGCUACGAGCAGCUUGAUUCCGAUCCAAGCGUCUCACUGUCUCUUUCGUCGGAUGCUGACAACUGUCCCCCUAACCCACCCUCCCCAACCAUUCGAGGAGAUCAUCACAGCACAUCUGCAACGGAGAAAACCAAUAGAGAUCUCUAUAUCAGUGGCAACAGACGAUGCACAGCCACUACUCGAAAAGGCCUCAAGUUCAAGAAAUUGGUUGUGAACAGAUUGACUGUGUGCGAGGCAAUGGACAGAGGGGUUUUGACAGUGAGGGGGGACACUUCACGAGGAGUUUUUGUGGACACAGAAAAACUUAACUCGAACUCAACGCCGACAAGUGUGUCUGGUUUAGAGGCAGGCGACCAGCUGUGCCAGAUUGAUGGGGAGAUCGUUGAAACAAAGAGUCAAGUGACUCGACUCCUGCGUGACUCAUCUUCUGCGAGACAUUUGGAAGUUCUGGUGGCCAGAUCCAACAAGAGAGUGACAAUAGAAGAACCCCCCUUAGAUGAGCGGCUCUCCUCAGACAACACAGUGACGUCAUCGCAAUCUCCAAUGAAAGUUAACAGCAGAAACAGACAAACAGCCGAAGAAACUCUCUAUCUAAACUUAGCCGAAAUAAACCAACUCAUGCGAAAUGGAAACUCACAGGCGCUUAUGAACUUAGCUGAUGAUCCGCUAUGUUAUCAGACCUCCUGCGAUUCAACUCGAGAUCCGCAAAGGAGUCCAUAUCGGAGAAAUCCGAGCGCGCGACCAAUGGGUCCAAUGCCGUUAUCUCGCCAGGCACUGCAAAAUAUGCGCCAGAAAAGCUUCACCGAUGACCAAUGGCAUAAUUUACCUCUUUCAGAUAAGCAAAAACCUCGACUACCUUCAGGUCAUCAUAAAAAUACCCAACAAAAUUGCGGGAAAUACCUAGAUAUAGCGCGUCAUGGCCACAGUUCACGGCAUGGCUCCGUGUAUGGACCUAUAGACCACUAUCAAUGUCACAGUGCGCCUCAUUCGCCGUUACAUCAUUCAAAUGAUCGAUCCUCAAAUUGGGAAGUCAGGCAGAGUCGAGAAAAAGAAACAUCCAAAUUGUUUGAUGCUUGUACAAACAACCAUUUCUAUCAUGAUAACAUACCAGAGAAAGGUAAUCACGGUCAACGGCAUCAUCAACAUCAUCAAAACCAAAAGUACAAUUUAAUGAAGUCUUCAAUUAAUGAUACUUUCCGACGAACUAGUGAGGUGUCAGCGGAGAAGAAAGAUGACCACAGCGGUAGAAAAGAAAAGUGGGGAUCUCUGGACUGCUCCACGCGACGCAUCCGCAGUUCCACACUCACUGGGUACGAAUUGAUGUACGGGCGAGGAGGAGGAGGAGGUCCCGAGGAACACCAAGCAGUUAGGGAAAACAGAGUGCGACAUGCAAGUGCCAAUUAUUCCGCUGUUAAGACCUCUGCUGAUGCUCAUGAUAACUGGACUUAUGAAGAUAAAGGUUUCGUGGUUCCUUUGAAGAGCGGAAUCAGGAGAGAGAAAACUCCUGACCGGGAAGGCCCCAGGGCGUCUUUCAGUGAGGGUCGAAAGGGAGAGGGGGAGAAGGAAGGUGGGUUGGAUCGGGGUCGAUUGACAGACGAGGGACAGAAAAAGAAAAUUAUGAGCAACUAUUUGGUCAUAAGAGCUUUACUCUCGACAACCGAGGGAAAUAUAUCCGAAGGAGCUUCCCACCCUCUCUUGUCAAUUAACAAAGUUUGAUUUUCUACCACUUGAUUUCAAAGAAAUUUUGUUGAGCUAAACUAUCUCAGGCAUAUCAUCAGGUGUGACAGUUUAAUCUGAAUAACUCAAU